AUGACAGGCUACCUAGAGCUCAAAUCCCGCCGCGGCCGCCUUUAUUAUCGCCCUCCUAGCCAUUGUGCCCAGAUUGACGGACCUCCAUUGAGCUACCUUCGGUCUCAAGCCUCCCGACACCAAUUGUUUCAAUUCUCGCGAAUAUCCACGGAUUUUCGCGUAUCCAAUCCUAGCACAAAGCGCAUUUGGGAAAGCUUUGCAGGGAAUACUCUGGUCAAGUCAAAAGAUCAAGCGAAACGGCUUUUGCAUUCCUGGUCGUCACCUGCAACAAAGCCACUGUCAUCCAUAUCUACUCGCCACCCUACUUCUACAAACCUGUUCAGUGGAGCAGCCAUGACAUCUGCUGACGAGGCCAGGAGGGGAAGUGUGAGACCUACCUCCACGGUAGGUGGACCGAUCAGUGGAAUGAUUCAUCGGCCUUCGCUUGUUCAAGAUGUACGGAGGGACUCCGCGAACUCACUCUCUAGCAAUGGCAGCAGUGUCGCUACCAUACCCAAUAUGGGGAUGGAGAAGCCGAUAGCAUCAGGUAACGGCGUUUCCCUAUCAAUCGCAUUGGCGGAACCAGUCCUCUUUCUACAAGGGAUGGACCAGUCCGAGUUGGGGAAUCAGACAACGACAAUGCUUAGAGGAACCUUUCACUUAAGGGUGUCGAAAAGUGCUAAAAUCAAGACAAUAUCAUUGGCUUUCCGAGGUCGAGCUGAAACAGAAUGGCCAGAGGGUAUUCCACCACGGAAGACCGAGUUCAAGGAUAGGGAAAGCAUCAUGAACCAUACAUGGCCUUUUUUCAACGCACAAUUUCAGACAGCAGAAUACGGUUCCGGGGCAGAUCAUGUCAAACCACUCAAGGGCCCGUCAACAACAACCACUGAAAUUGGUGUCACAGAUUCCUCUCUUGAGACGCUUCAUCGGAAGUCAGCGAACAACAAUUUAAGCGCCAAGGACGCGAAGAAGCUGUCGUUAGCAGUCGUCCAGUCAAGAAGUUUUGGUAGAGACGACAGAGCCAAUGGUGGCUCAAGUGUUGCCCAGAAGGGCUAUCGCAUGUUCACUCCCGGGGAUUACAGCUACAAUUUCGAGCUGCCUAUCGACUCUCGCCUUCCAGAGACAAUAUCUGUCGAUCUCGGUUCAGUCAAGUACGAAUUAGAGGCCACUGUUGAAAGAGCUGGGGCUUUCAGAGCGAACCUUGUGGGGUCCAAAGAAGUCACCUUGAUCCGCGCUCCAGCAGAAGGGUCUCUGGAGCAGGUUGAGCCUAUUGCCAUUUCGAGGAACUGGGAGGACCAGCUACACUACGACAUUGUCAUUUCUGGGAAAUCGUUCCCACUCGGCUCUCAGGUGCCAAUCGCUUUCAAGCUCACACCACUAGCAAAGGUUCAAUGUCAUCGUAUCAAGGUCUUUGUGACCGAGAAUAUUCAGUAUUACACUACCAACAAGCGGGUCCAUCGACUAGAGCCAACGCGGAAAAUCCAACUGUUUGAGAAAAGAGCAGACGCGCCCAGCAGCAGUGCCUACCCAGGCAGCUCAGUACGUAUUACUGCCGGUGGUGGAGUGGCGUAUGAUGGACGAGCAGCUGCGGCAAGAGGUGAUGAGAAUGUCCCUCGGGACACCAACAACCUACUGGGCAACCUGGAAGGCGAGCACAAUGUCGGCCCAACAGAGAUGGAGUUUAACGUACAACUACCGAGCUGUCACAACAUGAAGGAACGAGACAAGCUUUCGAGACUUAAUUUUGAUACUACCUACCACGGUAUUCAGGUCCAUCACUGGAUCAAGAUUGUCAUGAGAUUAUCGAAGCCCGAUGUUGCCGACCCCACAAAACGAAGGCAUUUCGAAAUCUCGAUCGACUCGCCAUUCCAUAUCCUGUCUUGUCGUGCCACCCAAGCGAACAUUGCUCUUCCCGCCUACACUUCGCCAGAAUCAACUACAUUACUUACAGAGCAUUCUUCGUGUGGGUGUCCUGGUGCCCCAAGGCGCCGAAACUCUCCUUCGUCACUCCUACCAUCCCUCAAUAGUCUUCGCCAAGAAGGCAACAAUGACUCCUCCUCAAGCGUCAACAGCGCUCCUGCACCAGCCAGCUUGACUAGACCUCAAGCGGCACAUGUGCACGAUCCCAAUUCGGGUCAGAUCAGACCGAUGCAUCUACUGCGCAACCCUUCGUUUAACCCACCUCCUUUCGAAGAUGACGAUCCACCGCCGCCAUUAAUGACCCCACCGCCAAACUAUGAGACCCUUGUCGAUGGCGACCCAAGAAGUGGGUUGGCAGACUACUUUUCGCGGUUGGCGGACGAGGUUGGCGAGGAUGAAGACCGGUCGGGUACUUUAUCGCCUGGGACGAGGAUGGAGCUGCCUCUCACCCCGGGUGGGCGGAUCAAUAGGAGCAUGGACGAGCGGCGAACCUGGUUGCCUUUAGGGCAGCCAUUCACCCAAUGA